GCUUUCUUCCUUCUGCCAUCUCUGCCUCCGGGCAUCCUCCCUUCGUUCUCUCCGUUGUGCAACUCGCUUGCUCUCUAUACCACUCCCUUUGAGUAGCGGGCACUUAUCAUUCGUUUCUUAAAGCACUCUCCUUGCUUGCUACCGAUCACCAGCUUGUCGCGUAGCUCCCAUGGCAUAUCGCCAGCAACCCCACGAUCUUUACUACAACGGUCAACACCCCUCCCCAUAUCCCGACAACACUGGUGUUGUUCCCGACCUCCCCCCUGCCCCACAAUAUAAUCAAGAUUAUCACAAUCCAAACGAUUACCCACAGCAGCACUAUGCUCAACACGGGGACUUUGAUCAAUCAUCUAACUGGGAUGCAAAGUCCUAUCAGAGCAGCUACGCUGGCUCGCAUGUUCACCUUAACCCCCAAUAUGACAUGAGCCCGGUGAAUGUUCCUCCAGUCCCCACCAUGCCAUACCAGCCCAAUUACCCGCCCGUGCAACAGCGGCCAGGCGUAUACAGAGAACAGAGUACCGGCUACUCUGUUGCGCGCGAGAAGUUUCUGAAGCGGAGGUCCGUUCGACAGGUCGAACUGCAGCAGGGUAAUCUCGUGCUGGACAUGCCAGUUCCGUCACACAUUAUUCCCAAGGGAAUUGAGACGAAGGAGGAGAUGACUACCUUGCGAUACACUGCCGCUACUUGUGAUCCUGAUGACUUUAUGCGCUCGAAGUAUACCCUGAGGCCCUACCUCUAUGGACGUCAGACUGAGCUGUUCAUCGUGAUGACUAUGUAUAAUGAGGAUGAGGUCCUCUUCACCCGAACCAUGAAUGCCGUCCUUAAGAACGUCGCCCAUCUUUGCGGUCGUACUCGAUCAAAAACAUGGGGUCCCGAAGGCUGGAAGAAGGUCGUUGUAUGCGUGGUUUCGGACGGCCGCAGCAAGAUCAAUAAGAGAACCCUGCAAGUCCUCACAUUGAUGGGUUGUUACCAAGAUGGCGUCGCUAAGGACUCGAUUGCAGGGAAAGACGUGACCGCUCAUAUCUUCGAGUAUACAUCACAUGUAAUGGUCACCGAUAAGGGCGAAGUCUCCCAAGGCGCAUGUCCGGUUCAGAUUAUCUUUUGCUUGAAAGAACAGAAUAAGAAGAAGCUGAACAGUCAUCGGUGGUUUUUCAAUGCGUUCGGUCCUCUGAUCAGACCGAAUGUCUGUAUCCUGCUUGACGUCGGCACCAAGCCUACCGGAACUUCCAUUUACGAACUUUGGAAGUGUUUCGACAAACAUUCUAACGUCGGCGGUGCUUGCGGAGAAAUAUGCGUGGAUACUGGCAGAGGAUGCUCUCUUCUUUUGACCAGUCCUCUCGCGGCCUCUCAGAACUUCGAGUACAAGAUGUCGAACAUCCUUGACAAGCCACUUGAGAGCGUCUUCGGGUACAUCAGCGUGCUUCCCGGUGCUUUCAGCGCAUACCGCUACAAGGCACUCCUUAACGGACCAGAUGGCAAGGGACCACUCGCGUCGUACUUUAAGGGCGAGACUAUGCAUGGCGGAAGUAGUUCUGCUGGUUUAUUCGAGCGGAACAUGUACCUGGCAGAGGAUCGUAUUCUCUGCUUCGAGAUCGUGACCAAGAAACGAGAAGCUUGGGUCCUGAGAUAUGUGAAAAGUGCGAAGGCUUCCACAGAUGUUCCCACUACCGUUGCAGAAUUCAUUUCACAACGUCGUCGCUGGCUCAACGGAUCUUUGUUCGCUUCUAUCCAUGCCACAGUGUUCUUCUUCCGCAUUUGGACGUCAGGUCAAAACUUCUUUAGAAAGAUCAUACUGCAAUUGGAGUUCAUUUACAACGCGGUUCAGUUACUGUUUACCUGGAUUUCAUUGGCGAAUUUCUACCUGGCGUUCUUCUUCUUGGUCUCGUCAGCAACUGCGACGCCUACUACCGAUGCGUUCAAUUUCUUGAGGGCGGGUGCUGGUGCUGCGGUAUUUGAGGUCAUCUUGAAGCUCUACAUUGGUGUCCUGUUCGUCGUUCUUGUGUGUUCGUUGGGUAAUCGUCCACAGGGUUCAAAGUGGACGUAUUCAAUCUCGAUAAUCCUCUUUGGUAUAUGCAACAUCAUCACACUCUGGUGUGCUGCAUGGACCGUCUACCUUGCCGUUCCGCAUACAGUUGCAGGUUGGGAAGACUUCCCUCACCUCAUUUCGACCAACAAGACGUUCCGCGAUAUUGUCAUUUCCGUUGCUGGUACCUAUGGACUCUACCUCAUUGGCUCGCUAUUGCACUUGGAGCCGUGGCACAUGUUCACCUCGUUCAUCCAGUACAUGUUCUUAUUGCCGAGUUACGUGAAUAUUCUGAUGAUGUACGCAAUGUGCAACCUUCACGAUGUCACCUGGGGUACCAAGGGCGACAACGGCGCAGCCAAAGACCUAGGAGGCGCCAAGAAGGUCAAAGAUUCGGAAGGCCACGAAAGGCUUGAAGUCGAAGUGCCUACCGCUCGAGAAGACGUCGAUCAACUAUGGAACGCUUCUCGUGCUGCUCUUGCUAUCAAGCCUCCUGAAGAGAAAGAACAUCGUGAUGCCGCUACUAAACAGGCCGACCAUGACCGAAACAGCAGGACGAACGUCGUCUUGGCUUGGACCGGUACAAAUAUGUUUGAUCUUGAUCUUGAUUUUUACGUCUACUUGGUUCAACGACUGGGUGAAGCAACAUGUCGAGGUUACCCAAGACAGUACAUUCAAUCCUUACCUGACCUUCCUUUUCUAUGCUAUGGCCGGCCUCUCAGCCGUUCGUUUCAUCGGAUCUACUUUCUACUUACUCCUCCGGCUUUGUGGUCUGGGUUAAUUUAGGUGACCGUUGUAUCAUCCACUCUUUUGUGUCCGUGUGUCGCUGGUUCGAUUAUCUCCUUUCAUUGGGAAUCGCAGAAACUACUAUGAAUAAUUCUAUUCGAUGUACACCUCCAGAUACCCCUCGCUUUUCGAAGUUUAAAUGUAUUAUACUUCUACGUACGAUGCGCUCUUCCGGUAGAUACAAUUUUUUGCUUAUUUUCGAAUAGCCCUUGUCUGGUCCAAAUGAGUAAUCUUCACGUGUAACAGACGCGUCGCGCAGCCAGACGCCUGGCAGAGUCGGCGCACGUUCUCGAACGC